CCAUGCAGUCUUAUUUAUGUCAUGGGAAGAUAUAUCGGCAAUUCCUAUUCAAGAAUAUUAGUUACACUUUGAAGGGAAUCUACUUCAUAUAUUUUAUCAACAUACAUCAAAGUUGCUGGUGAACGCAGCAGGCCAAGCAGCAUCUAUAGGAAGAGGCGCAGUCGACGUUUCAGGCCGAGACCCUUCGUCAGGACUAACUGAAGGAAGACUUUGAAGCAUGGUUUCCCAUAGAAUAUUGGGUUCGUUUCUUCUUACAAUCUUUGUGAUUGGAAAACGUUCGGCUGAGUCUCGUGAUUUUUCUAAUUUUCUCAAGGAUGUUGUGAAUGCACAUGCAUUUUCGCCUGAACAGAAACAGCAAAUUCAGAAUUUAAAGGACAGCAAACACAGAAAUGUGCGACUUCAACAAGACUGCACGCCAUCGAGCCGUUUCGGGAGUCAGCGCAGUGGAAUCUAUGCCAUUAAGCCCAAGGACAGUUCACCUCUGUUGGUCUACUGUGAUAUGGAAAAUGAAAAUGGUGGUUGGAUUCUGGUGCAAAGGUUCGUGAAAGGCAGUACCUUAUCCGUCCAGAAAACAUGGUCAGAAUAUGAAACUACUUUUGGUGAUGUAAACAGCAACUACUGGCUUGGAGUUACAUACCUUCACCAAAUCACAGAGCAACAGCGCUAUGAGGUUAAAUUUAUCUUUGAACAUGGUAAAGACUCUGAUGAAGUUAAAUUUGACGGUUUUAAUGUUGAUGGGUCAGCUAAUAAUUUCGCAUUAAGGCUGGGGGCUCCCGUCAACAAUAUUACUUCUUACCAUAAGAAAUUGCUUCAUAUUGAUAACAUGAUGUUUUCUACUAGAGAUAAGGACAAUGAUGGGAAUCCCACAGUGAAUUGUGCAGAGGUAUAUGGAGGGGGUUGGUGGUUUAACAAUUGUCCAUCUGUUACAUCCAACAACCAGCCUACUGUAUUGGGUUCUAUUUGCGGUGACUGUGAUUCUGUCUCCAUUUUAAUUAAAGGUACUGCUCAAAACUGCAUAGCACACAAAAGAAUUCCUAAGUAGGUAACACUGAAUAAUGGAAAAGCUGUGAUAAGAUCUUGAUUUGCAGUUGUCUGUAAUAACCUUGUACUCUGUAGAAUAGUAAUAAAUCUCUCAAA